AUGAAGCAAUUCGACAAGGUGCUAACAGUUGCGAUGCCCAUAUCAAUGAAGAUGAAGAAAUUGCAAUCGGAAGUGUGGGACGAUGGUCCCUAUGAUGCAAACCAUAGAUUCGUGGAUUCCCCCAGAAUCCCAAAAUCCAGUAUAUCUGCCAAUUCGAGUUUUCCAACACCAGCAAGUUCACCUCUAAAUUUUUCUGGCUAUCAAAAUCUUCUUAACAUUUAUCUAGAAGGUCCACUUGUGGAUCUUCCAGAAUACUACCAGCUUUACCAAGCUUACUUUGGUAAGAAGCCAAUUACAGCAAGUCCCGAUGGAGAAGCUAGGAAAGCUGCCAAACCUACGGAAGCUUCAAUUUCUCUGGAGUUCUUACAAGGGAAAAAUUAUGGUUGUCACAGCCAACCCAACCUUCCCCCAAAAAACCCCGGGCAUAUACCCUCACUUCAUCUCCUGGAAAACUCACAUUCUGGCGGGCUUAAACUCAACAUAGGUUCUACUGUUAAGUCUGGAAAGAUACCAAAUACUGCAGCAAUAGGACUGCUCAGAAAUGAAGAUGGAAUGUGGAUCACAGGAUUUAUUGGAAAUUUGGGAACAUGCCCAAUACUGACAACAGAGCUAUGGCCUAUCAGGACAGGUUUAACCAUGGCUUGGGAAAUGAGGCCACACAAUAUCAUUAUGGAAGCAGAUUCAGAAGCUGCAAUUCAGUGUAUCAGGUCAACCAAUUCAGACCCUCAUCCUGCUGAAUCAAUCAUCAAUGACUGCUGA